CUCUAUGUUGUGUGCACCUGAAUUUCGCAUCCCUCAGAUUUUUUCACUCGCAGAAUUUUUUUUUCCCACUACUACUUUAUGGGGAUGGAACAUGUCAUAAUUUAUCUCCGUUUUACAUUGAAACAUCGAACUUUCAAAUUGCCCACUACAGUCUUGGUGCUUGCCUCAGUCUCUUUGCUUCCAAAUAUUCUUGCAAAUCCAAAGUCUGCAAUUUUUGGGUUGCAUCUCCCCAUCUAGAAGAAUGUUGCUGGUUUUCAAAUCCAUGUGAAUUACACUUUAGGCUAGAGUCUUGGUGAAGAUAAAGCUGCCCACGAGCAUCUCAGUUCAGUCUAAUUCAACCCUUUUGGGUUAUGAUAAGAUGAUGGAGGCAGAGGUAGUGGAGGCAGAGCUAGUGUUGCCAAGCUACCUCAGUUUUAAGAGAAUUCAAAUGUAUGAGAAAUAUCCUAAAGGCCAAGCCAGAGGCAGGCACUGGAAACAUCUUAAGCAGAUUAUUCAAGCUGAGAAUUACCAGAAUUACCCUCCUGAUGAACCCAAUUAUGUCAACAUUGAGUCACCCCCCUCUAUGCAUCCCUGCAAGAGAAUUUGUGAUAUUACAGGCUUUGAGGCACCUUACUAUGAUCCUAGGACUAAUCUCCGUUAUGCAAAUGCUGAUGUUUUCAAGAUCGUCAGAUCGCUUCCUAAUGAGUAUGUUCAAAGAUACCUAGCUCUAAGGAAUGCAGCAGUGGUUCUUAAGUAGUCUUGUCAGUUCCCUGACUUCCGAGACACCUUAUUCUUAUUCCUUCAUGUUUUCUCUUUUCAAUGCUUGUGAAUUAAAUAUUUGAGGAUAUGAAAUAUGUUUACUCGUAGGACAUUAUUAACUUGUGUAAUAUUACUCUGUCGCCAACUUGGUCUUGUCUGUUAAUUAGUUAAU